AUGCCCAAACAAGACAUGACCAAGGCUGAUUCCAAGAGAAUCCAGUCUACUCAGGCUCGCAGUGGUGGAGACAUGUCCUCGGGCGGGUUUGCUGCCAGAGCACAGUCUGCCGGCGAUCGCAACACUGCAGCUGGCGCACAGGGAGGCCAGUAUCAGGGUACUGGAUCCGCGGGUGGAAAUGCGGGCUCUGGCAAUGGCUCCAACACUGGGAAGAAGUAG